CAAAAUUAUCAACAACAGUAAAUCUAAUUCAACUUUUUCGAAAAUUUCAGUGAAUUAUUUGAUUUCGAGGGAAGAUUUCGAAGCCUAAAUGGUUGUAACAGAUUCCUGUUUAUUCCCUCCUUCCAACAUGAGGGUGCGAUUCACAAAUAUGGCCGGCAUCGAUCUGAUUUUAGACCUCCACCCUGACUUGACAGUUGAUAAAGCAAAAGUGAAAUGUCUGGAUCGUUUUCACAAUCCAUCAGAAAGUAUGAAGCUCUCUCUGUAUCAUAAGUUAGUCCUAGCCAGAACUGGCAAGGUUUUAGCUGAAGGAGCUUCGCUUGGUGCUGAAGGGGUCAAAGACAAUGAUGAAAUUUUAGUUCUAAAGAAAAGACUUCAACCUUCACCAUAUGAAAAUCCUGAUAAACAGAAUAAUGAAGAAAGAAAGAGUCCGGAUAUGGAGACUAUAAAACGUUUAACUGCCAUGUUAACCAAGUCUACAGUAGAACCUCAGUCUGAUGAUAGUAAUACCAACGUAGAUUUUCAAACAGAAUUAAGAAGGAUAUUAAUAUCAUUAAUUGACGCGUCUCAGAGAAUUUUAUGUUUGAAUCCCGAGGCUAGUAAAGUCUUUAAACAGGCUGAGGAAAUUCUAAAUGAGCCAACUAAAACACCAAAAGUUGAUGCCUCUCUUCAAAGACAACUGACUGAUAUGGGCUUUACUGAAGCUCGGGCAAAAAAAGCUUUGAUACUCAAUAAAAUGUCUGUGAUGUCGGCCAUGGAUUGGUUGUUACAACAUCAGGAUGAUCCUGAUAUUGACGAGGCUCUAGAAGGGGAGGCAACUCCACCAGUUGCGGAUACUACUGAAGAGGUAGAGGGAGCUGUAGGUGGCACUAGUGUUCCGAGUACGUCUGAUACCAGUCCUAAAGUUUCUAAUAUUCGUCACUCUAUACGAGCUUUCAGAAAACGAGAGUUUAGACCAAAUGCUAGAGCAUUACAGAAGUUACUUGAAAUGGGUUUUGAAGAACAGGAAUCGACUGAUGCUCUGAGAAUUGCCAGGAACGACCAAGAUGCUGCCUGUGAAUGGUUGCUAGGUGAUCGAAAGACAAAGCCGGAGAAUCUAGACGAGGGACUGGAUACUAGUAGUCCAAUAUACCAGGCCAUUAUAGCUAAUCCUACCGUUCAACUAGGACUCAAUAAUCCAAGAUGUCUACUAGCCUUUCUACAGAUGUUAGAGAAUCCAAUAGCCGCUAGUCAAUGGUUGUCAGACCCUGAAACUGGUCCGUUACUGAUGCAGAUCUCCCGUAUAUACCAUGCCGAGAAAAACUCUAAACCUUCACUGAAUCCACUUAAAGAUUUACGAUCUUCCAGAUGAUUGGAUGAUAAAGUCACAGUUGCAAUGUGACAACUCUGAUUGGUUGAAAAUUUUGUUUCACUAUUUGUAUUGUAAAUUGUUAGACAGAUAUUCAGUACAUUUGAAUCUGUUUAUAUCUUGUAAACCAUGAGUUCACAUUUAAGAAAUUGAUUCUGCCAAUCACAUGUGGUAUCACUUGCAAGUGGCCCAACAAUCUUGAUUCUGACUAUUUUCUUGAGAUCGUGUUCCAGUGGGUUUAAUCUGUUAAAAUUCUUAUGAAUAAGAAGUUCACAGUUAAAGAAACAUUUCAACCAAUCAUGUGCUCUGUGACAUGCUGAAUUGAUUUUAUAUUGAACAUUUCUCAACUCAGUUUCUUAAAUAGAGGGGAAAUAACUCUUUAUAAUAUAUUAGUAUAUUUACCACAAUUAAUUCUUGAAAGAUUAGUCUUUGAUUAAAGUGCAAUUUUACACUU